AUGCUCACCGCCAUUAUUGGCUAUUCUGAUGAUGAGAUGGAAAAUGAAUUGAAAGAGUUCCACGAUAAAACACUGAAGGAGUAUCUCACGCACAAGGAGCUCACUCCAAACCUGAUCCACUACGUGCUGUUCGCGAUCGCGGGUGGCACAGACAAGAUGCCGUGUCGCGAGGGAGUGCGGGAGUCCAAGAAGUUCUUGAAGAGCCUGGGCCGUUACGGGAACACGCCCUUCCUGUGGCCCAUGUACGGCAGUGGCGAGUUACCGCAGUGCUUCUGCAGGCUAUGCGCUGUGUUCGGCGGCGUGUACUGUCUGAACCGGCCCAUAGACAAAGUGGAACACAAGAUGGAGGAGGAUGGGAAGUCCGUGGUUGUGAUCGAGAGCAAGUCUAAGACGCUGAAGUGUGAGCACCUGGUGAUCGGCAUCAACGAGUGCCCGCAAGAGCUGGUGUCUCCCGAGCCGAUGGAGAGGAACGACCUGUCCAAGGCCGUGUUCAUUACCAACGGGACUAUUAUGGAGAGUGAAAAGGAGCCUCUAUCUCUGCUCCGCUUCCCGCCGCUCGAUGGAGACCACAUUGUCUCUGUGCUGGAGGUUGGACCUGCUACUGGCUCUUGUCCUAAGGGACUGUUUGUGGUGUACUUCAUAACAAACAAGGUGGUGGACGCGGAGACUGACCUGAUGCCGUACGCGGAGAGGAUUUUCGACAUGAGCGGCGGAGACCAGACCCAGACCACCGGUAAACCCAAGUGUUUGUGGUCGCUGUUCUUCAACGUCAAGGAUACGAGCACCCCAGUGAAGAGCACCGCGGACAAUGUUCACAUCUGCUGCGGACCAGACGCAGGUCUAGACUUCGAUAGGGCUGUGGAACAGGCUGAACAAAUCUUCAAGAGCAUCUGCCCCGGUGAGGAGUUUCUGCCACGCGCGCCUGACCCAGAGGAGAUAGUAUUCGAAGAUGACGCGACCCCUGGCCCUCAGUUCCAGAAAGACGAAGGCGACGACGACAAGGAAUAAUCAUCCUUGCUAAUCCGAUGUUAGUGAUUGUUUAAUUGCGCAGCACAUUCUUGCGUGUAACGAAACGUUAAUUUUUACAGUUAUCAAUUAUUAUCUAUAUUAAAUAUUAUAGCUCAAUACUUUUCAACAAUACGAAGUUUUAGGUCUUCUCGAAUAUUUACUUUUUAGAUUAGCGUCGCCAUUUUGAAUUAUUCAUGUAGCGGUUGGAAUACAGCCAUACUCCCAUAAAAUUACUGUUUUUGAAAAAAACACUUUAUGACUUAUUACCGUAGAUAUUUUCUAAAUGUUGAUAAUUUUUAGUAUUGAUCUAUCUUUAUCCAUUACCAGCUACCAUUGCUAUAUUAAUGAAUUGUUAUAAAACUUACCUAAUACGAAUUUAAAUUUUACUUGUUUAAUUUUCACGUCGAUUUUCCUUUUGUUCGAUUGAUUCUUGAAGCUCAAGUAUAAUUUAAAAUAGUAGUAGUGAUUCAUAGAUAAUUCUCAUUGAAACGGACGUAGCUAGGGUUUUUAUAACCAAUUUUUUAAUAUUGUUUACCUUCGUAGAUAUAAGGCAGGCCGUGGUAGGGUAUUCGCUGAAGCCUGAAGGUAACCUGAUUGUACACGCGAGAAAGUGCACGUUUUGUAUCUAGGGUAAUCUCUACGUAUAUACGCUUAGUCGCUUUGACUUUAAUCAUUCCGGCUGGUGCGUGGGAAUGUAUAAAUGACAGUGACGUGUCGGUGUUAGGAGAGGAUUUAUUUAAUCGUUGUUUUUUUUUUUUUUGCAUGUGACGGGUUUUGAACCCGAUCAAUCAGAAAUUAAAUCACGAUCUCUUUGUCUAUAAGUAAUUGAGGAACGGUGUAACACACCAGAUUAUAAAGAAAUUUAUUUUUAAAGUCUUUGCUAACAGUAUUUAUAAUGACUGAUUCUGAUGAACCCAAAAGUACUUUGGUAUUUAUUCCAAAUUUUGCCAACAUGUUUAUCUAUAUAUAAAUAAUUUUUAUUAAGGAUAUUGUGAAGUUUUUAUGUAUGGAAGGAAGUACAUUGUGUAUUGGAACGUUCGAAGUUUAUCACAUCAGUCGGUAUCGCUUGGUUUUCUUGAUAAGUAAAGCAAGAUGAACUAUCAGCAAUUGUUCUAAGGCUCUCUGUUUGACUGAAGUAGAAGGCUCUGUAUUAUGUUAUGUGUGCAAUUAAUAGAAUUGUAAGCGAAGCGGACGCACCAGUCUUUAAACAUAGAUGUAGCACAUUUGAUUUAUAUUUAAAUGUUAAUUUAGCACUCAUAUUUAUUGUAUUAUCUGUGCACGAUUGUGCAAUUACAGCUUGUGCGUUAUAAUUCCAUUAAAUUAUGAUUAAUUAUUAGAUGUA